AUGGCAGGUGACCCCUCAAAACGCAAUCAGAACCUAUAUUGUGCGUAUCACCAAGAGCCCGGCCAUGUCACAGACGAAUGUAGGAAUCUGAAGAACUAUGUGGAUCGACUCGUCCGAGAAGGAAAGCUAGGGCAUCUGUUGCAACGUCCUGAGCAGUCAAAUGUCGAUACCAGGCAAAGUACCUUGAGGCCACCCAUCGGCACGAUAAAUGUCAUUCUUGCCGCACCUGGGAGAACCGGCUCCGGCCCAUUCAGAGUAAUGUCAGUAGGUAGGUUCCCGACAGAGUCAGGCGAAAAGGAAUCCAAGAGGGCUAGAGGGAGAGUGCCAUUAAUUGGAUUCACGGAAGAGGACAAAGAGGGAACUAUUCAGCCCCAUGACGACGCCCUAGUCGUGACACUCAGAAUAGGAGGUUAUGACGUGAGGAGGGUGUUAGUUGAUCAGGGCAGCGCCGUGGAGGUGAUGUACCCGGACCUAUAUAAAGGGCUGAAUUUAAAGCAGGAGGACCUGUCGCCAUACAACACUCCUCUGCUUAGCUUUGAGGGAAAAAUCGUCAUCCCUAAGGGCAUGAUCAGAUUGCCUGUGCAAACAGACAUAGAAAUAGUGGAAGUGGAUUUCAUUGUGGUGGACGCAUACUCACCCUACACGGCUAUUGUGGCACGGCCAUGGCUUCAUACGCUAGGGGCUGUGUCAUCUACCCUGCACCAGAAGGUGAAGUAUCCCUCAGAGGGCCGAAUCAAAGAGAUAGUGGGGGAUCAAGGAAUGGCCAGGCAUUGCAUGGUAUCGGCCAUUGCUCGACGAUUAAGCGACGCGCCUUCCACUUCAACCGGGAAUACCUUAUAG